AUGACUGUUUCACCAGCACCUUCCUCUAAAACAACAUCUACAGCAACCGAACUCUUACCAGGUCAUAUUGGUAAUUUAACAGCAAAGGAAAAUGCCAUGCUCAAGCAAUUAUGGGGCCGACUUUUGAAACUAUUUGAACAAAAGGGGACGCAGAUCAGGCCAAAACAGCAAGAGGACAAUGCUUCUUCUACUACUUCAAGUAAGAAAGGAGGGUGGUUUUCUUCCAAGAAAGAGACGAGCGAGAAGGAUCUUUUUAUCGGUGCUACUACAGAGCCAACACUCAUCACAUUACCGCUUGAAAAGGCUUUACCAUUGAUUCCUGGCGAGGUCUUGCGGAACACCUUCUGGAAUAUGGUGGCUACGGAUAAUCCAGAUGCUGUUGUGUUGAGGUUUUUACGUGCUCGUAAGUGGGACCUAGUGGCAGCUUAUGAUAUGCUUACCAAUGCGCUUCGCUGGCGAAUCGUGUAUCGCUUGGAUGAUUUGACAGCCUUGGGAGAGAAUGGAUUGCGUGACGAAUUGAACAGGCUAAAGCCUGGUAUGGGUGAUUGUUUUGUCUCUCAAUUGAAUGCUGGUAAAACAUUUUUGGGUGGACCUGAUAAAGAAGGUCGUGGUAUAUGCUUCAUUAAUGUUAGCUAUCACCAUAAAGAAGAUCAACCUGCUGAAGUGAUAAAGUUGUUGACAAUGUACAUUAUGGAAACCUCACGAGCUAUUGUCCAUCAACCAGUGGAUACUGCUUGUAUAGUGUUCAAUAUGGAUGGAUUUACCCUGAAAAAUAUGGAUUUUGACUUUGUCAAAUUCUUGGUGUCUUGUUUUGAGGCAUACUAUCCGGAAACGCUGGGCUGUCUAUGUAUUCACAAAGCACCAUGGGUAUUUUCUACAGUAUGGACUUUGAUUCAACCUCUUUUGGAUCCUGUAGUCGCUACCAAAAUCCAUUUCACAAAGGACUUGAAAGAGUUGACACACUAUGUUGACAUUCCAUCUUUACCAGGAAAUAUUACCGGUGAAAAGGAUAAGAAAACACUAGAUGAGGCUGUCGACAUUGACCCUGUGGCUCCUGGUACCUUGAAGAAACCAGACACAGCAGCAUUUAAUGACUAUCAAGAGAUGAUCAAAGAACACCAGAUCGAAACCGCUGACUGGAUCAAGACCAAAUCUGUGGAUGGUGAUAAUUUCAAUAUGCGUCGGGCACUUGCAACACAGUAUCGAUUAGCACGUAUUAGAGCAGAACUGGAUAUAAGAGGCCCUACAAGGUAUCAAGCCAAAGGCAUGAUUCAAUUUACGCCAGAAGGCCGUGUUAUUCUUGAUUUCGGUAGUGAUGGUUGGCAACCUUUGGAUAUAACAGAAAUGGUUUAA